UCCUCCUUUUUGGAGUGGCUGAGCUGAAUACCAGAACAGGAUAUGCUUUACUCUCAGUUUCACGGCAGCAGCAACAGCAGCAGCAGCAGCAGCAGCGGCAGGAGCAGCCCUGAGGACGACACACUGCAGCCAAGAUGAGUGCUGGGGAUGUGGUCUGUAAAGGCUGGCUCAUUAAAUCCCCUCCGGAGAAGAAACUGAAGAGAUUUGCAUGGAGGAAACGUUGGUUUGUGCUUCGAAGAGGUCGCAUGAGCGGUGAUCCAGAUGUGCUGGAAUACUAUCAGAGCAAUAACUCCAAAAAGCCAAUCCGCACCAUUGACCUGAAAGAGUGCGUGGUGGAAAUGCUGGAAGGGCAACUGCGGAUAAAGAGGGACUUUCACGGCAAGCACCUCUUUGUGGUAAAGACCUCAUCUCGUGUUUUCUACCUGGUGGCCAAAACCGAAGAGGAGAUGAACAGCUGGAUCAGCAGCAUCAGUCAGAUUUGCCAGUUUGGGAGCCUGGAGGAUGCAGAGAGCUCAGAGGAAAGCUUUCCUCACACUCCCACCUCCCUUCAGCUGUCACCUGACAGCUCUGAUAGAGCAUCUGUAGAAAGCCAACAAGAUUCCAGCUAUCCACCAGACUACCUCUUUCUCUCCCAGUGUGAGACGGGGAGUGUGAUCACUAGUCGACACAACAGCUUUUCAAACUCCGAGAUCUCUCUGGAGCAGAAGUCAUCAGACGAUGGCGUCAAGGACAUCUGCACCGAUUCUUCUUUAUCCUCAAUCUCCCACACUAGUCCCAGUCCAUCUCUUUUCCCCCAUGGGAGGCUAAGCAACCCUCCGUUCAGCGCUCCAUGCACCUCCAUAGCUUUGCCCUCAUCGUCUUCCUCUCCACUACAUCACUGCGCCACAAGUGUCUUCCAGUUCGACAAACCACAUUCUCCCGCGAUGUUUGAGGCGACGGGUGAUAAACUAACACCCCCUCCACUGCCACCCAAGCCUAAUCACCUGUCAGAGUACGCAAGCGACGAAGGCCUUCAAAGGACGAGGGCAAUGAGUGCGCGCCAUUUCUCGAGCAAUGCUGGAUUUUUUCCCCGGAGGACCUCUUUGUCGGGCCUGGACCAUUUCAAAUUGGGAAAUGCCGAGAGCAAAUUUAUGCAGAUAAGGAGACAAAGUAUUAAUUUGCCUUGUUUAAAUAGCACAAAACUUCAAAACUACCAGGAUGAGUCAUAUGUUCCUAUGGCUUCCCCUUCCCCUUCGCCUUCUCCUUCUCUUGCGACCGUGGAGUCUGAUGGUUACAUCCCCAUGAGCCCAAGGACAUUAAGCUUCCUCAAUACAACCUACAGCAUUGAACCAUCUGCAUCUUUCAGCCCACUAAUGAGUCAACUUAGUGCUACUGCACCACCUCCGAUUCACCGGCAUCUAAAACCUCGCAUAAGGAAAGCUCGACCCCCACCUCUUGAUCUGAGUGGCCUUUCUACAAUCACAGAAUGUCCCACGCAUCUCCCUUUGAGCAGAGCGCUGAUCGACUCAUGCUUUUCAGUGAACCCUUCACCUCUUGAAAGACGACUUGAGAAUGGGGAGAAAUUAAGAGAUGAAGUCACAAACUCCUCUGCAAUGGAAUCAAGGCAGCAGUUCUUUGAUGGGCCAGUUCAGCCCUGGGCGAGAAGUUCAAAUCUUGACUAUUUGUCACUGGAUUUCAAUUCAGCAACCCCCUCUCCUGUGCUGAAGCAGAAGCCAUUCCUGUCCGAUGAGUACAGAGUAGAUUAUGUGCAGGUGGAUGAGAAGAAGACGCAGGCGCUUCAAAACACCAAAAUGGAGUGGACAGACGUUCGCCAGUCGAAAACCUGACACUAUGAAACGAAUUAAGAACACACAGUUUCAAGAAGGCCAACAACAGCAAGGAGUACAUAUUGGGGGUGACCAGGUGUACCAUUUUAUGUCCAUAGCAGUUUUUACCCCCCUCCCACGCUGCACAUAUUAAGCUAAUGUCUCACAACCUACACAUGAGUCUCACAAGAAAACCAAAGAUGAGUAUCGAACAGAUACAGACUAACAAUGACAGGUAACAACAGCCUCAAUUGUCACUGGGAAUGAAAAAUGUAACGGUAAGAGCAGAAAAAAAAAACAAUUAAAAAAACCCCCAUUAAAAACAAACUUUAUCUUCCAUUUAUAAGACACAAGGAAAAUCUUAUCUUCAAAUCUUCAAAUGUAUAAAAAAACCAAAAAAAACUUUAACCUGCAUUUUUAAAGCCACAUAUAUUAAAAUCACAUGCUACCCCUCAGCAUUAACUCAGUACAAUUAUACCUCACUUUUAAUUUGUUGACAUCUGGUCACUCUUGGAUGUGUGUAGAUAAAGAAGAAUAAAAAGAUUGUAUAAGCACUUUGGGAAACAGUAUUGAAAUAAAAUUACAAUAGUAAUUAAGCAGUAAGACCUUCUUUUGCAUAGAGGAUAUGCAAAAUUGCACUGUUAAAACUAAGUUAAGUCUCCAUAGAACUGAACUGUAAAUACUGCCUAAUCAUGCACUAUUCAGUGAUUUUUCUGUAGCAUUAAGUUUCACCUGAUUUGCAAAAGGGCAUCAUAUUGUUUUACUGUAUUAAAAAACUGCUGUAAAUAUAUGUAUAGAGAUGUUACUGAAGAAUUUUUUUAAUGAUAAAAUGUUGUUUUUAAGAUUUCUCUCUGUGUCAAUAUGUAACGUGAAUGAAAAUGAUCCAUUCUGAGAUUCUGCCUGAAUAUUACCCACAUCUUAAAGAACCAAAACUAACUUGAAACUUUAAACAUUAUUGCCAUAACACAUUUGGUUAUACAGGUGAACCAUCUUAUUUACUGAACAUCUGUCCAAUCACCUCACUUUACACAUCAGUCAGCGAAUGUUUUAACCACAUGCAAGCAGAUAAAUGAGACCACUGUUCUAUUUCAGCUGCUCUUUCACGCUCUUUCAAAAAAAUACAUUAUAACCAAACUGUAUGCAAAGUUAGAUAUAGAUUUACAGAUAGAGACACAUAU